CUGGGCCGGGGCGGCCGUCUGGCUGGGUUGCGGCUGCUCCAGAGGUUUCCGGUGGCCCGGGGCAGCGGCGCGGCGGCGGCUGUGGCAGCCCCGGUGGCCUCGCGUGCAGGGGCCUGAGUGCGUGUGGAACCCAAGCGCCUUGCUCAUUGCCAGACGUGUUCUCGGUGAACGUUAGUCAGCAGCAGUGGUGUCGCAGACGGCAACACCGAGUCACUUGCACUCGGAUUUGACAUUGGCGGCAUGACUCCAUCAGCAGCUGACUCUACUUCUUGUUUUUUUGUUUUUAAUUAAUUGUAGUUAAAAACUUUCAGUGCUGACCAGCACUGUGUGUUCAUCCAGCAGCAGCGUUCCCCGGGAAUGUCUGACCUGCCUUCUGCCCCUGCGCGGUUGCUAGUUCUAGAAAACGCUGAUGAGCGAGGUCUCGGGGCGUCGGCCCUCUGGGUGUGGCUGCCGCCCGGCCCACUGUCCCCCAGGCCCCCCACACUGAGGCAGGGAGAGGACGAAGCUCCUUUUCACCGCCGAGCAGUAGCACGUGCUGCGUCUCCAUUCACCUGUCGGUGGACACUGGCCAUCCCCGCCUUCCAGCCCUCGUGACAAGUGCCGCUGUGGGCCCCGCUGCACGUCCGUCCCAGCCCUGGGGUCACUCUCCACGUGGGCAGGGGUGGGGUGGCUGGGCCACCAGGUGAUUCUGCGUGCCCUUGGAGGAGCCGCCGGCUCCCUCCCUGGUGCCUGUCCCGUCCACCUUCCCGGUUUCCUGAGGCUGUUUUCCUGGGGGACGGGGGGUCUGCUUGGGGCCAGCGGGCUGAGCAUGGAGGCCUCCUGUGUGCCCGCAUGCUGCUGUGGACGGGGACUCCUGCCAGCUGCUCCCUGGGCUAGAGUGACUGCCCCGUCCGGCGGCCCCAAGGGACGAUGACGCGACCAUGAGCUCGGCCAGCUGCCUCCAGGCCCUGGGGGGCUGUUGCAGGAUUUUGCUGCCCCGUUCUACGUUUUUCCGUAUCGGGCAAAUGAGCAACGUGGAGCUGGAUGACGAGCUUCUGGACCCGGACAUGGAUCCCCCUCACCCUCUCCCCAAGGAGAUUCCCCACAACGAGAAGCUCCUCUCCCUGAAGUACGAGAGCCUGGACUACGACAACAGCGAGAACCAGCUGUUCCUGGAGGAGGAGCGGAGGAUCAACCACGCCGCCUUCCGGACAGUGGAGAUCAAGCGGUGGGUGAUCUGCGCCACGAUCGGGCUCCUCACGGGCCUCGUGGCCUGCUUCAUUGACAUCGUGGUGGAGAAGUUGGCCGGGCUCAAGUACAGCGUGAUCAAGGGCAACAUCGACAAGUUCACCGAGAAGGGGGGCCUGUCCUUCUCCCUUCUGCUGUGGGCCACGCUCAACUCUGCCUUCGUGCUGGUCGGCUCCGUGAUCGUGGCCUUCAUCGAGCCGGUGGCCGCUGGCAGCGGGAUCCCCCAGAUCAAAUGCUUCCUCAAUGGGGUGAAAGUCCCCCACGUGGUCCGGCUCAAGACCCUGGUGGUCAAGGUGUCAGGGGUGAUCUUGUCUGUGGCGGGAGGACUCGCUGUGGGAAAGGAAGGCCCCAUGAUCCACUCGGGCUCCGUCAUCGCCGCCGGCGUGUCCCAGGGAAGGUCGACCUCGCUGAAGCGUGACUUCAAGAUCUUCGAGUACUUCCGCAGAGACACGGAGAAGCGGGACUUUGUGUCCGCAGGGGCUGCGGCUGGCGUCUCCGCGGCCUUCGGGGCCCCCGUGGGUGAGAGGGGCGGGGGGGCUUUCCUUGUGUGCCUCGGCCAUGGAGCAUGUCCCCCCCAGCCUGUGCCUGGUGGAAGGAGGUGCCCCACUGCAGCAGUGGGGUGCUGGGGAGGCCACGGGUGUGGCCAGGGUCCCCGGGGUAGUCGGCUGGCCUUGCGUCCAUCCCGAGAGGCCUCCUGGCCCCCCAGUGACUCCCCCGGACAGGGCCCACUUUUGCGAGUGGCCUGGGCCCUGGGGUGCUUCAGGCAGGGCUGCCUUCCAGGGGGGGUCCUGUUCAGCCUGGAGGAGGGCGCGUCCUUCUGGAACCAGUUCCUGACCUGGAGGAUCUUCUUUGCUUCCAUGAUCUCCACUUUCACCCUGAAUUUUGUGCUGAGCAUUUACCACGGGAACAUAUGGGAUCUUUCCAACCCAGGCCUCAUCAAUUUUGGGAGAUUUGACACAGAGAAGAUGGUCUAUACGAUCCACGAGAUCCCCAUCUUCAUCGCCAUGGGCGUGCUCGGGGGUGUCCUCGGGGCAGUGUUCAAUGCCCUGAACUACUGGCUGACGAUGUUCCGGAUCAGGUACAUCCACCGGCCCUGCCUGCAGGUGAUUGAGGCCAUGCUGGUGGCCGCUGUCACUGCCACGGUGGCCUUCGUGAUGAUUUACUCCUCCCGCGACUGCCAGCCGUUGCAGGGGAGCGCCAUGUCCUACCCCCUCCAGCUCUUCUGUGCAGACGGCGAGUACAACUCCAUGGCCGCGGCCUUCUUCACCACCCCGGAGAAGAGCGUCGUCAGCCUCUUCCACGAUCCUCCCGGCUCCUACAACCCCGUGACGCUGGGCCUCUUCACGCUGGUGUACUUCCUCCUGGCCUGCUGGACGUACGGGCUGACCGUGUCCGCCGGCGUCUUCAUCCCGUCCCUGCUCAUUGGGGCCGCCUGGGGCCGGCUCUUUGGCAUCUCCUUGUCCUACCUCACGGGGGCUGCGAUCUGGGCCGACCCCGGCAAGUACGCCCUGAUGGGAGCCGCUGCUCAGCUCGGGGGCAUCGUGAGGAUGACACUGAGCCUGACGGUCAUCAUGAUGGAGGCCACCAGCAGUGUCACCUAUGGCUUCCCCAUCAUGCUGGUCCUGAUGACGGCCAAGAUUGUCGGGGACGUCUUCAUCGAGGGCCUGUACGACAUGCACAUCCAGCUGCAGAGCGUGCCGUUCCUCCACUGGGAAGCCCCGGUCACCUCCCACUCGCUGACCGCCAGGGAGGUGAUGAGCACGCCCGUCACCUGUCUGAGGCGGCGUGAGAAGGUGGGCGUCAUCGUGGACGUCCUCAGCGACACGGCCUCCAACCACAACGGCUUCCCGGUGGUGGAGGGCUCCGGGGACGCCCAGCCCGCGCGGCUCCAGGGCCUGAUCCUGCGCUCGCAGCUGAUCGUGCUGCUGAAGCACAAGGUGUUCGUGGAGCGCUCCCACCUGGGCCUGGCGCAGCGGCGGCUGAGGCUGAAGGACUUCCGGGACGCCUACCCCCGCUUCCCGCCCAUCCAGUCCAUCCACGUGUCCCAGGACGAGCGCGAGUGCGCCAUGGACCUGUCGGAGUUCAUGAACCCCUCGCCCUACACGGUGCCCCAGGAGGCGUCUCUCCCACGGGUGUUCAAGCUGUUCCGGGCCCUGGGCCUGAGGCACCUGGUGGUGGUCGACAACUGCAACCAGGUCGUGGGGCUGGUGACCAGGAAGGACCUGGCGCGGUACCGGCUGGGCAGGGCCGGCCUGGAGGAGCUCUCGCUGGCCCAGACUUGAGCCCAGGGCCCUCGCGGGCGGCGCUCCUGCCUCAAGCCCUCUGCUCGUCCCGUGUCCUCUGGCAGCAGGAGAGGGUCUUGACUCGGGGCCACCUGCCAUUGGACGUUUAGCGUGACGCUCUUCUCAGUCGUCUGUUUACGUUCUCCGAGCUCUCUUCGUCUCAGCCCUUAGAAAUUCUCUGCCUGUGUUUCUUCACCUCGAGGUGAAGUCUGUGUGCAGCCGACUUCUCCUCCUGAGAGCCCCUGCCCUCUCCCCAAGCUGCUCGUUUGUCUUGUGUCCUCUUUCUGGGGUGCCCUGCCCAGAGGCUGGUUGGCACUCGGGCGCCUCAGGUUCUCCCAAGCCCCAAAGCUGUGGGAACCCUGGCUCACCCUCCCAGCCACAGGCUCAUGCUAGUCUUGGGUCAGGGGGGCCGAGUCUGUGGCCAGCAAGGGGCUCCCCUGGCCUGGAUAGGGCCCCAGCUGUACUUAUGGGCUGAGGGUUUGGGGGAACAGCUGCUGAGGUGCACUUGAGCCUGGCUGCUCUGCCGAGACCCCUGGCCGCCCUCCUGCCAUGGUGCUUGCGGGACUGCGUCCUGACCUGGUGACGCCCUGAGCCGGCAGGCUGCCCAGGGAACUUUCUGGUUCCUCCUGCAGAGGCAGCCUGGUGGCAGGCCCUGUGCAGGGUCUCCAGUUUGCUCACAUUGGCAGGAGACCCCCAGGGCCGGGGGAGCCACGCUGAGCCUUCCCUCUUCUUGUCAUCGCGAGGCCAAGACCAGGAGGCCCACAUCCCUGGGCCUGGUGGGGCCUGAAGCCCUGGGAGCAGCGGCGCCGAGCGAGUGGACCACAGUGGGCAGCCCCCCAGGGGCCAGGAAGGCUGGGGCAUCUCUGCACAGUGGGCACAGUGCACCCCAGCUGCGGUGAUCUUCUGUCCUGUCUGUGGCAGCGUCCGUGCAAUACUCCAUGCCCCCAAGGGCCUGCCUGCACCCCUCGGUCACCCACCCAGCCCAGGCAGUGUCCUGGGCAGGGUGGGGCCCAGGUGACCCUGGAGUGGGUUCCAGCCUGCAUGCAGCCGUGAGAGCCCCUCCUGGGCCCAUCCUCGCCCCAGCACGGCCUCACCGGCUCCCCUGCCUUCUGAACGGGGGGACACUGGGGACUGGACUGGGCCUGGCCCGGCCCCCCUCAGUUCCCAGGCGCGUUCCCAUGGGAACCUUCCUGGCCCAUGCCCAGGCGUGGCCCUGCGAGGCGACACGGUGCCGUGUGUGGGUUUGGACAAAGGGCCACCCCUCGGACCUUAUCCCCUCUUGAGACAGUGGUCAUCUAUCUUCUCCGUAUCACUGCCCCAGGGGUGCCCACCGCAUCCCCUUUUAAUCCUGGGGGUGGGGGCAGCAGGUUCGAAUGUAACAAAUAAAGGAAUCGGACUCAG